UAAAAGUCGUGACACCUAACAAUUUUAUUAAAAUAUAGUAUAGUGUAACCUCUGCCGUUCGGUACAAGAUACAUGAGGCGUGCGAAAAGACUCAUGGGAGGUGGAGAAUUCAAAAUGUCUGCGUCCGAAAACGAAAUGGAAGUAGGUGAAAUUCUUGGUGAGCGUAAAUCACGUCGUGGUCUGGAGUAUUUGGUCCGAUGGAAGAACUUUGGCAAGACUGAUGAUACCUGGGAGCCACUGACUAAUCUGAAGAAUGCCGUGCAGGCCAUUGCCGACUUCCAUACCAAGGCCACGCCUAAAAGAGGCAAGAAGCGUUCCACAUCUCGAUCAAGAAGUCGGUCAAAGGGACGAUCUAAGAGCCGCUCUUCUAGCCGCAGUAGGAAGUCAGCCUCUGGUAAAAAGUCGGCCUCAACUACCGAAAAGAAGACAACAAUAGUGACAACACCCACCAUGACUGAGACUCGGACAGAAACAGUGACCCAGUCACCUGGCCGCACUGAACAGGUCACAGAGACUGUCACUAAGUCUGUUCCGAGUCCAGUGCUCACCCAGAGAAUCUCAAGCGUAACCCGCACCUCAGAGACCCGUACAUCCAAGACCCCCUUGGACCAGGUGGACUCUGGGGCUGUCCAGAAGCCCCGCGGUGGGGCCAUGGCCUGGUGCUGCAAUGCCUGGACAAGCAUGUGCAACUGCAGUAGGAGCCUUGUAUGCAAGGACUACCCUGCCAUAGUUGUGUUGGCCACCAUUGCCAUCAUUGCACUGACUUUUGUUCUACAGGACAACCUGAAUUUUGAGGAGCUAUGGAGCAGCGUUGUUGCCUUCUUUGUCGGGAUUUGGAGCUGGCUCACCACUCUGGUCCCUGCACAGAAGGAAUAGAAGUGUACACCAAGUGAGGACGUCUGGCUUGACAAGUGAGGACACCUUGCUUGGAGGGGAUGCCAGUGUGCAGACUCCUGCACUAUACAAAGGCAGCAGCAUUUUAAUUUUUAGUGUACUUUUUUGUGUAUUAAAGUAAAAAGUCAUCUUCAUUUAGUAUUGAUUAUGGCAAAAUGAAUUUGUGUACUUUGUUUUUAAAAGCUUCUUCAUUAUUUCUAAAUGGAUUGGCUUAAGUUUUAACUUAAUUAAGUAUGUUCUCACUAAAUAAAAUGUGUGCUAACAAAUGAAUAAGAUCAAACUUAUACUCAAAAAUGAAUUCAAUCAAAUACAUUGAUUCACAAAUGAAUAAAAUCAAACUUAUACUCAAAAAUUAAAUCGAUCAAAUACAUUUACUCACAAAUGAAUAAAAUCAAAUUAUGCUAAAAAAUGAAUUCAAUCAAAUACAUUUAUUUACUCACAAAUGAAUAAAAGCAAAUAAAAGUAGUCAUCAAUGAAAUACAUUGCUGUGUGUUCCCUGUCAGUGCAAUUGAUACAUCAUCAUGUUUUCAAGGACUUACUCCACUACUUCUGGUAAUCCUCUUAACUCUUGGUUUAUAAUAUUAGUUACCACUUUACUUUACCUUAAUGCUGUUAAUCAAGUUUUUGUCCUUAUAAGCUAUUAAGAACGAUAUUAAACAAAAAUUUUGUUGUGCACUUAUUUGUUUAAGUAAUAAUUUGCAAUAAGAUGUAACAAUUUCAUAAACUGGUAGAAUGAAUGCUGUAUAAUGAGAUUAAGAACACACUUUGUAGAACCAAUAUUUUCAUGACAUUUGUUUUCAACUUAUUCAUUUAUUAUACAUUUCAAGGCCUUUUAAAAACUGCAUUUAAAUAUUUUUUUAAAAAUCUGUGUAUAUAUAUAUUUGCAAUUGAGUAAAUGAUUUCUAUAUCUUUGUCAUUUAUUGAACUUAAUUUGAUAAGACAUUCACACAAAAAUAUUGAAAAAAGCCACAUUCUUAUAAAUGAUAAUGUAAAUUUUUGCCAAAUGUUUAGAUGUUAUAUGUCCAUUUUAGAACAAAAUGGUUUUAUCAUUUUUCAUUUUUAAAUGUUAUUUUGUUUGUAUUAUCAUGAAGUUUUGUUUUUAUUAUUCUUUGUUUUAAAUGUCAUCUUUUAUUGCAGAAUAAAAGUUUAUAAAUAUAUCAUUUGACAUUGCGAUGAAAUAUUGAAACUUAUGUUAGAUUGUUAAAUUAAGUUAAAUGUGACUCUUGCGUAUUUGUCUUUGCCAAAACAGAGGCUAAUCUUAAUGUUAGUGUAACAAAAAUAUGAAAUCUCUAGAAGAUUUUUUAUUAACAAGAAAGUACUAACAACUUAUUUUUGUUUUGUAAAACUAAUUUUCUUAUUAAAAAUAUGUUAAUUAAGCGUGUUUCAUCGGUAGCUUUUGGUGCCACAAAACACUGAGAAUUGCUAACUCGUAAGUGGUCAGUUUUUUGUAGGCAUUUAUAUUGUUUGUCUCCAAAGAAAUGACCAUACUUUAGCCUGUUUACAAUUCAUCACUAUGUUUUGAAUGUAAAGUAGUUUGAUAUGUAUAUUUUUAACAAAACUAUAUAAUCAUAUAUGUAAUACUUUAUUUGAAGCCAUGUACUUUGAAUUUUUAUAACUUGUAAACAAAUUAGUUUUUUUAAUGUUUUUAUCAAGUUUAAUAACCAUUCAAUGACACUGUUUUAAUGAACUUAUAAUCAAAUUUAAUCCUGUAUUUUAAUUCAACAAUCAUGUUAAAUUUUGGUGUCAUUGCAUGUUAAUGUAUUGUAUGUAUGUAUUGUACGUAUUAUGGUUUUAGUCAGAUACUUGGUAUAGUACACAAUAAAACUGCACCGUAAAAGAA